CCAUAACCUUCUCAGAUAAAUGUGGGGACUUCUGAUUAAAGACCUCCAGCUCACCGUGACCGCCUGUCAUCACAGCUGUCUCUGGACACGGAGAAGACGCUAACAUGUGACAUCAGCUGCGUUCCUCUCUGACUGUAACAACUGUGUAACAACCACGCUGACCGUUAGCCUCUGUUUGUUCUUGGGUCGUGUCGUAGCUGUUUGCCUGACAAUGCUGUCUCUGUGUGUGUGUUUCCACAGCUCACAGUCUGGAAACACGAGACAUUCAUUUUUUUUUUUUUUGGAUUUAUUAUUAAUAAUAACCGCCAGGUUCUGAUACCUCGUUGCUCAACCGCUAAUGUGAUAAAAACGGACGAUGACUUGGCAAACGGCGUCUCCCCGAGACGUGACGCUGACGCAGGCGGACUGUGUUUGUGCAGCUCGUCUCUCGGUGGCUGCAGCCCCAAUCCAAGCAACGGCCCCUCAUUUAUGAUGCACUCGGGUCAUUAGGAGAGGUUAAUGAUUACACGAUUUCUAAAAACGUCCUGUUUUUGCUGAGAUCACCAUCAGAAGUCGUUCGACAAACGUUGGUGAUUUUGGACUGGAUUUAACUAAAGACGUAAACCGACUUCUCUGCUGAAGUCGGUUUAGUUUUGGAAAUGUUGACACACCAUUUAUAUAAUGACUAGUAAAUGUAUGUCAUAAGCUAAUUAUAUAUAAACAUAACAUUGUAAUGACAUCACGUCACAUGACCGUCCACUGUUCUUUCUCAACAACUUCCAUUUAUGUCCUUUACCACAGACGACACACUGACCAGGAAAAGGCGGGACAUCCACAUCACCAAAAUGAAGCCGACUUCAGAAGAGACGGCCGAUAAAUGUUCGAGUUACGACCAUGGACGCUGAGCUGGAGUUUGCCAUCCUGCCCAGCACCACGGGCAAACAGCUCUUUGACCAGAUCGUGAAGACCAUCGGCCUGAGGGAGACCUGGUUCUUUGGCCUCCAGUACCAAGACAGUAAAGGCUUCUCCACGUGGCUCAAGCUGAACAAAAGGGUGACUGCGCAAGAUGUGAAAAGGGACAACCCUUUGUUGAUCAAGUUCAGGGCCAAGUUUUACCCUGAGGAUGUGGCAGAAGAACUGAUCCAGGAGACGACGCAGCGCCUCUUCUUCCUGCAGGUGAAAGAGAGCAUCCUAAACGACGACAUUUACUGUCCACCGGAGACCGCGGUUCUCCUGGCCUCGUACACAGUGCAGGUCAAACACGGAGACUACAGGAAGGACUAUCACGUACCCGGGUACCUGACCAAAGAGAAGCUGCUGCCGCAGAGGGUUUUGGAGCAGCACCAUCUGAAUAAGAAUCAGUGGGAGGAAAGAAUUCAAGUGUGGCACCAAGAACACAAGGGACUGCUGAGAGAAGAUGCCAUGGUGGAGUAUCUGAAGAUCGCCCAGGAUCUGGAGAUGUACGGGGUCAACUAUUUCAGCAUCAAGAACAAAAAAGGAUCCGAGCUGUGGCUGGGGGUGGACGCUCUGGGCCUCAAUAUCUACGAGAAGAAAGACAAGAUGACCCCGAAGAUCGGCUUCCCCUGGAGCGAGAUCAGAAAUGUUUCCUUCAAUGACAAGAAGUUUGUCAUCAAGCCGAUCGACAAGAAGGCUCCGGAUUUCGUUUUCUACGUCCCUCGACUUCGCAUUAACAAGCGUAUCCUGGCGUUGUGUAUGGGGAACCACGACCUGUACAUGCGCAGACGUAAACCCGACACCAUCGAGGUGCAGCAGAUGAAGGCCCAGGCCAAACAGGAGAAGAACAAGAGGCAGAUGGAGAGGGCUCUGCUCGAGAGUGAGAAAAAAAAGCGAGAAAAUGCUGAAAAGGAAACAGAGAAGAUUGCCCGUGAGACCAUGGAGCUGAUGGAGAGAUUGAGACAGAUUGAAGAACAGACAAAAAGAGCUCAAGAUGAGCUGGAGGAGCAGACUCGAAGGGCUCUCGAGUUAGAGAAGGAAAGGAAAAUUGCUCAGGAGGAGGCUGAGCGCCUGGAGAUGGACCGUGAAGUGGCGGUGGAAGCUAAGGCAGCCCUGCUGCACCAGUCUGAGACCCAGAUCAAGAACCAGGAAAACCUGGCCACUGAGCUGGCAGAGCUUACCUCCAAAAUCUCCCAGCUGGAAGACGCCAAGAAGAAAAAGGAUGAGGAAGCAAAGAGAUGGCAGCAAAGGUUUGGAGAAGACUCUGAGAUCCAAAGUGAAAAUCAUGUUGGUCGACAGGCUUUGAUGGCUGAGGCCCAUUUGGAGCGAACCAAAGAUGAGCUGAAGACUAAACUCAUGGGUGUCCACAUUCAGGACACGGUCAACCCCCAGAUGCACGACCACGACGAGACGGACGAGAGCAGCGCAGAAGCCAGCGCCGAGCUGACGUCGCCCGGCACGGUCCGAGAUCGCAGCGAGGAGGAGAGAGUGACGGAGGCUCAGAAGAACCAGAGGUUACAGAAGAAUCUAAAGUUCCUGAGCAGCGAGCUGGCUGAGGCUGUGGACGAGAGCAAGAAGACCCCCAAUGACCUGAUCCACGCUGAGAAUGUGAAGGCGGGCCGCGACAAAUACAAGACCCUUCGUCAGAUUCGCCAGGGCAACACCAAACAGCGCAUCGAUGAGUUUGAGUCCAUGUGAGCUCCUGUUCUCGGUACUCUGUUAGACCGGAUGCUGAGUAGUCGUAGAGGUGUAGUACUGUAGUAGAGCACUGAAUAUGUCAAGAUGAUUGUUAUGUAGACCUACGUCGUUGACCUACUUAAAUAAACUACCGUGAGGACAAUGAGACGUUGAAGUGCAGUCGGAAAACACACUACACUGACUGGUGAAAAGCCAUUUCUGAGGAUCUGAGGAUCUGGUUACUGCGGUAAUGAGUGUUUGAACGAAAUACUGGGCCUGAUGGGGCGUUCACACCAAACACAAUAGAGGCGGGAAAAGAAAGCUCGUCAUGUCUGACGCCAUAGAAGCAGGAGAAUUUAAUUUGUCUGCUCACUUCUUGACCCGCUCUCUUUUCACGGCAUGUCAGCCGUGACACGAUCUUGCCUGAAAAGUUACAUUUUUCCAACUUCAAACAACUUCUGACGCUAGCGUCAGAAGCUAGCA